CAACAAGUAUCUUUUCAUCAUCGUCACUGCUCUAACUGGUGCUGUGUUGGUACUGUUGCAUCAUGGCGGAAGAUGGUGCUGAUACUUUUCCGGAGUUGCUAAGUGUGUACAGAGUGUCUGGUCCCAGAAGCAAUAGCAUUUCUGAUGACAGUGCUUCAAAGCCCUGUUUUUCUCAAAACUCUGUUCCAAAUGUUUGGAGAACUCCAAAUAUUAUUCAGAAGCUUAAGCUGGUAGAGAGGGUUAAUGGUGUAACGAGAGUGACUAACAGCAGUCGCCAGAAGGACAAAAGCAAUUCUCUUUCACCGCAGGACAAGAGCAAUUCUCUGUCUCCGGAGGACAAAAACAACACUCUUGGUACUGUGGCUUCUAUGGGAAGUGAAACUCUGAACGACAGCAAUUUGCCUCCUCAGUCAGUAUUAACUCCAACAUUAGAGAAAGAGUUAAAUUCAUCUACUGGAGUUGAUGCAACUACAUCUAAGGAUUGCGAAAAUGAUAAAUGCAAAAAUGAAGAAUCCCUAGAAAUGUAUGGUGAAAACAAUGAUGAGAUUGUUGACAACAACAUAUCUGACAUUGUCUCGGACAGUGAUGAUGAUUGUUCUUUAAAUGACAUUGUCUCGGAAAGUGAUGAUGAUUGUUCUUUAGAUGACAUUGACUCGGACACUGGAGAGAGAAGCCAUGAACAGUGCAAGAAGAGCAAGUGGCUUAGGAAUUUCUUUGAUGGAUUAAAUGUACUGGCCAAUGAGGAGAUAGGUUCACAAGACAGACAGUGGUAUUGUCCAGCGUGCCAAGGGAUCCCCGGUGGUAUUGGUUGGUACAAGGGGCUGCAAUCCCUUUUGGAUCAUUCCAGAACAAUACAAUCAAAGAGGGUAAGACUGCACCGAAUGUUUGCUGAAACCUUGGAAGAAGAGUUUUUCAGGAGAAGGGUUGAGAGCAAGAUAAAACAUAUUAACGAUGAUAGUCGGAAGCUUAACAACUACAAAAGCUUGAUAGCCGAAGAACAAGUCAAAUCACAAGUCUGUGUAGAUUCUUCAUGUGAAUUAAGUGAGAAGUUAAGCCUCAAAAUAGAAGAAAACCAUGUUGAUCAACAGAACAAGGAGAUGGACGCAGAAGAAAACAGUUUCCAGGACCAAAUCCAAGUCAUAGCAGCAAAAGAAGACCAGUCUGUGAAAUUGCAGCACGCAAUGCAAGAAAAAGCAGAAAACACUUGUCAAGAAUCUGUCAAGAAAGAGGACAGUUCCCAGAAGUACAAGGAGAUUAUGCAGUUGGGAUCGGAGAGAAAGAAAAUAAUGAAAAUUCAUGAAGAGAAAUGGUUGGCUCUGAAGAAGAAACAAUGGCAGGAGCUGAUUGAACUUGAGAAGGAAUUAGAGAAUGAACUGACGCAGCUGAUGGACAAGUACGCUUCCAACUAGUCAUAAGAGAAAGACAUAUCUAAACUGAAUGGCUGCUGAGUAACAUUAUUACCAAAAACCGAAACAGGAGAGUGGCUAAGACCAGAAUCAUCUACUGACAUUUGACAAACCUCACUGACAUUAGAAUUUUGGUCUCAUUUUACUCUUAAAUGUAGUUUUUGUUCUUAUUGUACUUUUUAAGUUUAGCAUUCUUUGCUAGUAAGUUUUCUGUACAAUUUUAUGUUGAAGUUAUUGUUUCAUUGUUGGAUA